AUGUCAUAUACAUCAAGAUAUUCAUCAGCAAGACCAUAGACUGUAAAGAGUACGAUAGAAACAAAGACAACAACUACUCCAGCUGUUUAAGUUACUAAGCAGACAGAGUAAUCACCUUAACCUGUUUAAAGAUCUGAUGUUAGAAGAUCAAGUUAACUUAGAGCAAGUGGAUAAUAAGCAACAGUUAUUAAUGUGUAUAUCUAUAUAUAAUAUAAUUAAUAUAGACCACCUCCUACAACUGAAAGAAAGUGGUUAGGUAAGAAUCCAGAAGUUGUUUGCUUUUUAUUAGCUUUAGAAAAUGAUAGAUUAAUGAAAGAGAGUAAUUCUUAAAUCAAUCGAAUUAAAGAAUUAGAAAGUGUUAAUGAAUAAUAAGAAAUCAGAAUUAGAGAAUUAUAAACUAAGAUUGAAUCACAAACUACAGAAAUAUCUAAUUAUAAGUUAAUAUAUAUUUAUAUAUAAUUAUUAGAUCUGAAAUCGAAAAACAUCUUAUUAGAAUUAGACAAUUAGAAUCUGAAUUGAAUGAAUAUAAAUCUAAAUUAGGAAAUGUUGAUCAAAGUCUUGCUGGUAGAUUGAAAGAGGCAGAAAGGAAAUUAUAAGACAGUGAAAAAGAAUUGACUAAUUGGAAAAAUAAAUAUAAUACAGAUAAAACUAAUUGGGAUAAUGAAAUUAAAAGACUUAAUGACUUACUUACUUAAAAACAAAAAGAAUUAGAUGAUUAUAAAAAUAAUUAAGGUAAAAAUUAUGAACAAUUAUAAUUAUAACUAAGAUAAUAUGAAACUAAAAUUAGAGAAUAUGAAAGUUAAAUUAAUACUUAUAAAAUUGAUAUUGAUCGUUUGAAUAAAUUAUUACUAGAAAGAAAUUCUGAAAUUGAUAGAUUAAAGAAUGAACUUAAAACUAGAUUGGCAGAAUUAGAUGAUUGGAGAAGUAAAUUUACAAAUCUCUAAAAUUAAUUUAAUACUAUGAAAUCUUAAUAUGAAUCUAAAAUUAAUGAAUUAACCAAUACACUUUAAAAUAGAGACAGAGAUUUAAAUGAUUGGAAAAAUAAAUAUGCUAAAUUAGAAGGAUAAUUUAAUAAUCUUGGAAGUCUUCAAUCAGGAAGUGAAUCUAAAAUUACUGAUUUAUAAAAUAGAUUAUCAUUAUUAUAAUCAGAUUUUGAUAGAUUAUAAGCUUAAUUAAGAGAUAGAGAUGCAUAAAUAUAAGCAUUAAAGGAGAAACUUUAGAGAUUAGAAUAAGAUAACUUUACUUUAACUAAUUAAUUACAAGAUUUAUAAUCGAGAUAUAAUAAUCUAGUAAAGGAAAAUGAGAAAUUGUAAAAUGAAUUAAGAAAUAAAAAGAAUGAAUUAGAUUUUAUGAAAUAAUAAUUACAAUAAGCUAAUGAUUAACUUAAAAGAUAUGAAGAUUAAAUCAAUUAAUUAAAUGAUUAAAUUAUGGAAUGUAGAGAUUUAAUAAUGUCUCUAUAAAAUGCUAAGGAGAUGUUAGAAAGAUAAGUUUAAGAUUUAUAUGGUAAGUCAAAUGAUAAUGUUGGAGAAUUGAGAAGUGCAAAUGAUUAAUUGGAAGGAAAGGAUAAAGAUAUUGCUGAUCUUAGAGAUUAAUUAAAUUAAUUCUAAGUAGAUAGAUAAAUUAUGGAAUCUAUGAUUAGUACAUUAAAUAAUCAAUUAGCUAAUAAAAAUGAUGAAAUAUAAAGAUUAUUGGCUUAAAAUAAAUUAAGAUUAUAAUAAUUAUUAGAAUUAUAAAGUAGAUAUGCUUAAUUAGAUUAUCUUCUUAGUGAUCUUAAAGGAGUUGAAUUAUAAAAUAAAUAGCUUAUAGCUAGAAUUAAUGAAUUAACUUAGUUAGUUGAUGAUCUUAAGAGAAAACUUGCAUAAUAAGAAUUUUAAUUAUUAUAAUCUAAAUCAAAUGAAUUUAAGAUUUAAGAAUUAGAAAAUAUUAUAAAAGAGUUAGCAAAAGAAAUUUAAAGAUUAAAUGAAUUUUUGAAUUAAAAAUUAUCUGAAAAUGAUAAAUUGAACAUGUAAAUUAUUUCAAUGGAAAAUGAAAUUAAUAAACUCAAAAAUUUAGAACCUGUUUUAAGAGAAUUGGAAAAGAAACUAUAAACACAUUUAGAUGAUAUUGCUAGAUUGAAAUAAUUAUUAGAUUCAAGAACAAAUGAAUUAAAUGAAUGGAGAUUGAAAUAUUCAAAACUUGAACCAGUUGUAGAUGAAAAAAGAUAAUUAGAAGAAAAGAAUAGAUUAUUAGAAAAUAGACUUUAAGGAUAAUAAUAGGAUAUUGAAAGAUUAACUAAAUAGUUGAGAUAGAAAUAAUUAGAUAUUGAUUAAUUGAAUUGGAUAUUAAAUUAGACAGAAGGUUUAUUAAGAAAUAGAGAUGAUAACAUAAAUUCUCUUGAGACAAGAUUAAAUAAUCUUUAAAGAUCUUAUGAUAAUGAGAGAUAGAAAACUUUGAAUUUUGAAUAGAUUCAAAGUUAAUUAUAAUAAGCAUUAGAUAAGAUUAAUUAAUUAGAAACUUAAAUUAAAGGAUUGUAAAAUGAUUUAAAUAGAGCAAAGAAGGAAGUAAGUUUUCAAUAAAAUGAAAAUGAUUAGAUGAGAUAAUAGAUUGUAAAAUAAGAAAUGACAAUUUUAGAUUUGAAAUAGAAUGAAGCUAGAUAUAAGGAAGUUGAGAAUAGAUUGAAUUAAAGUUAAAAGGAGGUUGAAAAGUUAACAAGAUAAUUAAGUGAUAAAUUAUAAGCAUAUGAGGAAUUAAAAUAAAAUAAUGGAUUGUUGGAUACAAAAUACAAGAAUUUAUAAUAAUAAUAUUAAGAAUUAUUAUAGAGAUUAAAUUAAUUAGAAUAAAUAAAUAAUUAAUAUUAAAUAUUGAAAGCUAAGAAUUUGGAAUUAGAAAAUAAUAAUAAAUAAUAUAAAUUGGAUUAAGAUAGAUUAAAUUCUACUUUGAAUCAGAAACUAUAAGAAUUAAAUGAAUUGUAAAAUUUACUUCCAUAAUUGGAAGAUUAGAUCCAUAGAUUGACUCCAUUUGAAGAGAAGGUAUAAAUAAUAAAAAUGUAAUAUAGUAUGCAAUAGUAGAACCAAAAUAUGAAUAGGAAUUGAAUAGAAGUGAUGAAUUAUAAAAGAAAUUAAGGGAGUAAGAAGAGAAAUUAAGAGAUUUAGAGAAGAUGAAUAAGAUGUAAGUGUUUAUAUAUAUAUAUUAAAAUAUAGAGUAUAGGAUCAAACAGUGAUGUUGACAGUAUUAUUUGGAGAAUGUGAAGGGUUGAGAUAGUAAUGUAUAGAUAAAGAUGGAGAGAUUUAAGAUCUUAGAUUUAAUGUAGCCUAAUUAUCAGAUUAGUGAUAUAUGAUAGUAAUA